UCUCUCUCUCUCUCUCUCUCUCUCUCUCUCUGUGUCUUUGUGUGUGUCCAACCAUGAGACAUUCAUGAGACCCUCCUGAGACUCUUCAGAGCAGUAAAUCGUCAGUCAGCCUCCGGUUCACUCGAAGUGAACAUCAGAUCUGUGGAGACAGAUUCCUGCCGGGAAUAUACUGCGAGCCGGAAGGAUACUCCAUUAUGUGGAUAUGAAUUUGAAAACCCAAAGUCAAUAUGUGCUUUCUCACAACUUUAACAUCAUGUGAUGUGUGCCCAAUGGAGACGACUACGAUACUCACUGCGACGAACGGGAAAAUUAUUCUUCAAGAACACCUCGAACCCAACGUCACGAGUCUUUCGAAUGCGUCCGCUCCGUUCCACCAUCACAUGAACAAUGUGGUGCUGGGGGUUCUGCUCGGCACACUGUCGCUUCUGACGGUCAUCAUGAACCUGCUGGUGCUUUUUGCCGUUAGAAAGGAACGGACUUUACACACGGUGGGGAACCUGUACAUCGUUAGUCUCUCAAUAGCGGAUCUCAUUGUCGGGGCGACAGUCAUGCCCUUGAAUCUGGUCUACCUUCUUGAGGACGAGUGGAAACUGGGUCGCCUUAUUUGCCAGUUCUGGCUGGUCAUGGACUAUGUGGCGAGCACGGCCUCCAUUUUCAGCUUGUUUAUCCUUUGCUUGGACAGGUACCGCUCCGUACGCCACCCCUUACAGUACCUAAAGUAUCGCACACGGGGAAGAGCGACGCUGCUGAUUUGUAGCGCGUGGCUGCUCUCCAUGACCUGGAUCGUUCCCAUCCUGGGCUGGCGGAUGUUUGCACGAGUCGACAGGAAGCCAGAGAUGGAGAACCAGUGCGACACGGACUUCCGCUUCGUGACCUGGUUCAAAGUUCUGACCGCCAUCCUCAACUUCUACAUUCCCUCCUUCCUCAUGCUUCUGUUCUACUCGCAGAUUUUCAUCGCAGUCCGUGAUCAUUACAGAGAGUGGGAGAACUUUGCCGGUCCGAUGGUGAAAACCGAAGCAGACGUCACGUUACAGAACGGCAUGCAGCUGCAGAUAACCAAAGCCUCGGAGAGAGAGAGUCUGGCUUCGCAGGCGUUCUCUCAAAACGAGGGCCUGCUGGAUCAGUACAGUCUGGAGCAGCCUUACAGCUCGAGGGACAAUAACGAAGACGCUGCCUCCGAGACAAAAAGGAAGAGUUGUUACAAGGCCAAAGCAAUGUUUAGUCUGUCGAAACGCAUGAGAAAGAGCGAGGUCUCGUUUCAGAGCGGAGAUGGGGAAACUGUUGCAGAAGGCCCUCCGUUACCUCUCGCCUUCCUGCAGUCCGAGAACAACGCUCAGCCCAAAGCGUUCAUGAAUGCAAACGACUGUAACGUGUUAGUGCCAAACUCUGUUGGCAACAUGUGUGAGAGCGCACCGACUGUGGAUGUUCACAAUUACACCACGAUUCUAAGCAAUCACAGCGCUCCGCCGUCCCCGCCGUCGCCCUGGGCUGAGAACAGCCCUCCGCUGGACGCCACCAACACGCUCCUCGCCAAACAAACAUGGCAGAAGCUCUGCGAACAGUCCAAGCAGAGCAUCCACAGCAUGCGCAUCCGGAAGGAGCGGAAAGCCGCCAGGCAGCUUGGCUUUAUCAUCGGUGUCUUCAUGGUGUGCUGGAUCCCAUACUUCCUCACCUUCAUGGUCAUGGCCUUGUGUGAGACCUGUGUGCAUCAUGACCUUCAUAUGUUCACAAUUUGGCUAGGGUACAUCAACUCCACCCUGAAUCCCUUCAUAUACCCGCUGUGCAAUGAGAACUUCAAAAGGGUGUUCAAAAAGAUAUUUCAUAUUGAUAGAUAGAGUUCAGGAGAGGUGAAAAACUGUCAGCACACCUGCUCCAUUGGUGUUUUCUGAAGCGUUUCUUGUGAUAUGUUUGCAGUUCUGUGAAUAUACCAUGCUUGUGUUGUUUUUCAGCAUCUUGUACGUACAGAGCAGUUUUUUAAUUAAUUGCUGGAUGUCAGUUUGUCACGUCUGCAAUCUGCGUCAGAUUAUAUGAUGGACUUAUUCUGAGUGUUUUGCGUACUUUGGCACGUAGAUCUGAUGUAAUCAUGGUAUAGUAGCAACUUAAAUAAUAAUUCAUGAAACUUUGCUAUUGAGGGUGAUGUACAGUCAGUACAGUUUUGGUUUGGUGUGUGUAAUGCCCUCUGCCGUUGAUAAUGUUUACAUAGCAGGUGUGGUGAGUAUAUAUAUAUUACAGGCGGUUUAAUCAAAUAUUAGUUUGGUCAAAGCGGUCCGUAAAGAGAUGGAAAAUCUUACAUCCAAACAGCUUCAGUUGAGCAUCGAAAUUCUGGGUGUAUGAUAAUCAAGCAUUUUCAGAUUGGCCUUGAAGUUUUAAAAAGAAGCAGUGGUGUAUGCAUACUAUGCACAAAUUGUAUGUAUACGUGGAGCUCCUGGAUGAUCUGAUCAUUGAUUUUAAAAAUAAAAAUUAUAAUUGGAGUAACACUGAUAUAAACUGUAACAUCUAAUGAGACUCAUUAAAACAUUAAGACACAUAAUUACAUAUUCAAAACAUUUGAGACAUUAUGUCUGCGUCUGAAAGCGUAGGCAGCUGGCUCGUUGCGUAGCUGGCCUUAUCAGGCAAUGACUUUGCAGGCAGUGUUUGCAUUUGAAGGCACCUCACAAAAUGACUUUAGACAGAUUUCUGAGGCAGCAUGAAAGUGGAAUAAUUAGUCCCAUUCAAUUCUAUUUUUCUUCAACAGUUUGAAUUAUUAGCUUUCAAUUAGUGCCUGUCCCUUUCUAUGAAACCAUGGAAUUGGUAGAACAAAAGUGCCAUUCAAAAUAAACUGAGAUGCAUAUUUGGCGAAUGUCCUUUAAUUUCAGCAUUUCCGAUGCAUGCCCUUUUUGUGAUGGACCUGUAGAAAGUCUAAAGUAAAUGGGAAAUGAGGAACUAUUUAAUGUAAAUGUUAUUCAUAUGAACUGAACCCAAAUAUGAGUUUGGUGACAGGUGAAUGCACAAUGAGAGCUGAAAGAUGCCACAUGCAAACAGUUGAACAUUGAAAUUCUGGGUGUAUGAUAAUCAAGCAUGUUCAGAAUGACCUUGAAAGCAGGAACUAUUUAAUAUAAAUUCAAUUCCAAUCAACUGAACUUAUUCAAGGUAAAGUUAACAU